AUGCAAGCCAUCUUCAGAACAACUGUCGCUCGUGCUCGUCCUGCCAGGACCUUUGCUUUGAGAACCGCCGCGUUCCGACCUGCUCAAUUCAGGACUGUCGUUACCAAACGCUACACGACCGACCACGAAGCCAUUGCUUUCGACGACUCGACUGGUAUCGGCACGGUCUCGAUUACGGACUAUGCACAGUCGUCUCUUGGGGACGUCGUGUUCGUCGAGCUGCCGAGUGAAGGCACCGAAGUUGCGCAAGGAGACCAAAUUGGCGCCGUUGAAAGUGUCAAGGCUGCUUCUGAUAUCUAUGCUCCGGUUUCUGGCACUGUCGAGGCAAUCAACGAGGCCCUCUCUUCCGAGCCAAGCCUUCUCAACAAGUCUCCUGAAGACAAGGGCUGGCUCUGCAAGAUUAAGCUCUCGUCCCCCGCUGAGCUCGAAGAACUUUUGACGGAGGAGGCCUACAAGGCGCACUGCGAGUCAUAGUUCCCCCAACCUCACCUAACCACCAUAGUGGUCGUAGAAUAGCUGCUCAUAGACCUUCUGAUCUGAACCGAAGUUUAAGAAACUCGAAUAGAAUAUAUUCUAUUGGU